AUGCAAUGCAAGUUGGCUCUCAGCUCCUGUACUCUCCUCAGCUCUCAGCUCCUGUACUCUCCUCAGCUCUUAGUUCCUGGACUCUCAUCAGCUCUCAGCUCCUGUACUAUCCUCAGCUCUCAGCUCCUGUACUCUCCUCAGCUCUCAGCUCCUGGACACUCCUCAGCUCUUAGUUCCUGGACUCUCCUCAGCUCUCAGCUCCUGUACUCUCCUCAGCUCCCAGCUCCUGUACUCUCCUCAGCUCUCAGCUCCUGGACUCUCCUCAGCUCUCAGCUCCUGUACUCUUCUCAGCUCUCAGCUCCUGGACACUCAGCUCUCCGUUCCUGGACUCUCCUCAGCUCUCAGCUCCUGUACUCUCCUCAGCUCUCAGCUCCUGUACUCUCCUCAGCUCUCAGUUCCUGGACUCUCCUCAACUCUCAGCUCCUGUAUUCUCCUCAACUCUCAGCUCCUGGACUCUCCUCAGCUCUCAGCUCCUGUACUCUCCUCAGCUCUCCGUUCCUGGACUCUCCUCAGCUCUCAGCUCCUGGACUCCUCAGCUCUCCGUUCCUGGACUCUCCUCAGCUCUCAGCUCCUGUACUCUCCUCAGCUCUCAGCUCCUGUACUCUCCUCAGCUCUCAGUUCCUGGACUCUUCUCAACUCUCAGCUCCUGUAUUCUCCUCAGCUCUCAGCUCCUGGACUCUCCUCAGCUCUCAGCUCCUGGACUCUCCUCAGCUCUCAGCUCCUGGACUCUCCUCAGCUACUCAGCUCUCAGCUCCUGGACUCUCCUCAGCUACUUAG